CUCACUGUACCCGGGCAGGAGAAACACAAGCGGGGCACACACUCACAGAGAGCGGCCGUUAUUCCCGGUCCGUCUUGUUCUCUUUGUGUCGAGAUAAACAAACUAUUUUACCCCCCAACACUGUCAAGUUAAAGCGUGUGUGUGUGGUUGCCAGUACCAACCGAGUAGGCUGCGGACUAUUUUGUGUAGUAGUUGUGUGAGUUUGACACAAGUCGCUCACGGGGAGAAACAACUGUCCCUGGGCUCAGGUUGGAUGAUUCAAAGGACGCGGCUUGUUCUGGACAAGAAGACACACUUUUAAGUGUUUCCACUCAGACUCCACGCUACAGUGUGGACUGCUGUCAACGCGCACUUCUCUGUGUCUUUUAGGUAUGCCUGUGGCCACCGGUGUGUCUCCGGACAGGUAACCAGGUGUGUUGCUGCUGUCAUGGCCUUGCCUUCCCUGCGGCUCUUUCCCGUCACUGUGGUCACAGUCCUAGUCGUGCUGGUGUCAUCUUCAGAGGAACACGAGUGGCAUUUUAACCCAGCUCAGUGUCGCUACGCCCUGGGGAUGGAGGAUGGCACCAUUCCAGACUCUGACAUCACUGCCUCUAGUGCCUGGUCAGACUCCACUGAGGCCAAACAUGGAAGGUUGAGUAAAGGAGAGGGUGAUGGAGCGUGGUGUCCGGCAGGAGCCGUUUACCCCAGUGCAUCAGAAUACCUUCAGGUUGAUCUGCACAAACUCCACUUCCUGGCUCUGGUUGGUACUCAGGGUCGUCAUGCCGACGGGCAUGGCCAGGAGUUUGCUCGCAGUUAUCGGCUCCGCUACUCUCGAGAUGGAGUGAAAUGGAUCACCUGGAAGGACCGCUGGAGCCAUGAAGUGGUGUCAGGCAAUGAGAACACCUAUGAUAUUGUGCUGAAAGACCUCGGCCCUCCCAUUGUGGCCCGCAUGGUGCGCUUCUAUCCGCUGGCUGACCGGGUUAUGAGUGUUUGCCUUCGAGUGGAGCUCUAUGGUUGUGUUUGGGAUGAUGGGUUGAAGGAUUACACAGCUCCAGUGGGUCACGUCAUGCACCUGCCUGGCAUGCCUGUUUUCCUAAAUGACUCCACCUAUGAUGGGAGCACUGAGCAAGGGGUGCAGUUUGGAGGCCUGGGUCAGCUGUGUGAUGGUGUCCUGGGAGGAGAUGACUUCAUACAAACCAAGGAGCUGAGAGUCUGGCCUGGGUACGACUACCUGGGCUGGAGCAGGGAAGCUCUUGGGCAAGGCAGCGUGGACAUUGAGUUCCACUUUGAGAAACCACGUGUCUUCCACACCAUGCAGGUGCACAGUAACAACCGCCACACCCAGGGCGUCCGAGUCUUCAGUAAGGUAGAGUGUCUUUUCAAGCCUGGCCUCCUGCAGCCCUGGGCCUCUCCCAGCCUCAUGCUGCCUGUGCCCCUGGAGGAUUUGAAGGACCCCUCCUCACGACCCAUCACUCUUCCACUUGGUGGCCGCCCGGCUCAGAUUCUCCGCUGCAAAUUCUACUUUGCUGACCGCUGGCUGCUCAUCAGUGAGAUAUCCUUCCUCUCUGAGCCGUUUGAGGAGGAUGUGAAAGAGCCUGAUUCAUUUCCUCCUAAUCCUCCCAAGAUUCCUACCAUCGGUUCCUCUUCUCCUCCUGUUAACCACACCUCCCUCUCGCCCACAUUGAGCUUCACCUCCUCAAACACCACUGCGGACCCUUCUGAACCCCCCACCAACAACACCUUCAUGACGGACACUACUGGUAACUGGACACUGUCAGGGUCAGAAUUUGCAGCUGUGACUCCCAGGCCAGGCCUUCCAGUCGCCAAAGAUGACAGCAGUAAUACAGCCAUUCUGAUUGGCUGCUUGGUCGGCAUCAUCCUACUGCUGCUCGCUGUGAUCGCUGUCAUUCUGUGGAGACAGUACUGGAAAAAGAUCCUGGGCAAGGCACAGGGGAGUCUGUCCAGUGAUGAGCUACGCGUCCACCUGUCAGUGCCAUCGGACAACGUAGUCAUUAACAAUACGCACAGCUACUCCAGUCGCUACCAGAGGAUUCACACUUUCCCCGAGGACCGUGACCGUGACCAUGAGAGAGAGGGAGAAGGAGAGUACCAGGAACCCAGCGCACUGCUACGGCCGCGGGAUCACAGAGACAGCACAGCCUUGCUGUUAAACAACCCAGCCUAUCACCUGCUCCUGUCAGAUCACAGAAAAGCAGUCCCCAGCAGCACUCAGGCUCAGGAAAAGAUCCUCAAUGUGCCCCAGGCCUGCGGUUUGGAUCUGGACAUGGAGAAGGGUUUCCCCCCAACUCAGGAGGAGCCUCCUCCCUACCCCGGCUCCCCUCCUUACCCUUCCCUGUCUCCCCCUGUGUCUCCCCCACUGCCUCCCAGCGUCCCCCACUAUGCUGAGGCAGACAUCGUGAGCCUGCAGGGUGUCAGUGGUAACAACACCUACGCGGUGCCUGCUUUGGCCUCUUCGAGCCCAGGGGCGGACGCCGCCCCGCUGCCAGAGCUGUCGCGCCAGUGUCUCGUCUUCAAGGAGAAACUGGGAGAGGGACAGUUUGGGGAGGUGCACCUGUGUGAAAUUGAGAAUCCUCAGGACCUUCCUAACUUGGAGUUUCCCUUCAAUGUGAGAAAAGGUCGCCCUCUUCUGGUAGCAGUGAAGAUACUACGACCAGAUGCCUCUAAGAAUGCCAGGAACGACUUCCUGAAGGAGGUGAAGAUUCUGUCUCGUCUGAAGGACCCAAACAUCAUCCGGCUGCUCGGUGUGUGUGUGAGCAGUGACCCGCUGUGUAUGGUCACUGAGUACAUGGAAUGUGGAGACUUGAACCAGUAUCUGUCCCACCGAGUGCUUCUGGAUAAGACGGGGCCUACACACAACACCCCAACCAUUAGUUACCCUGCUCUCAUCUCCAUGGCCAGCCAGAUUGCUUCAGGAAUGAAGUUCCUCGCCUCACUCAACUUUGUGCACCGGGAUCUGGCCACACGUAACUGUCUGGUCGGGGGUGAGAAGGGUGAGAGCGGGGAAGAUCCGGGUGGCGAGCGUCACAUCAAGAUCGCUGACUUUGGCAUGAGCAGGAAUCUGUAUGCAGGCGACUACUACAGGAUCCAGGGCAGAGCUGUGCUGCCGAUACGCUGGAUGGCCUGGGAGUGUAUACUCAUGGGUAAGUUCACCACGGCCAGUGACGUGUGGGCAUUCGGGGUCACUCUGUGGGAGAUGCUGAGUGUUUGUCAGGAGCAGCCGUACUCCAACCUCACAGAUGAACAAGUCAUUGACAAUGCUGGGGAGUUCUUCAGAGACCAGGGCCGACAGGUGUAUCUGACCAGACCGGCCAUUUGUCCUCAGGGUCUCUACGAGCUCAUGUUGAGCUGCUGGAACAGAGACUGCAAGCUCCGCCCAUCCUUUGCUAACAUCCACUCCUUCCUCACUGAGGACGCCAUGAAUAUGGUAUAAAGUGAUUUGGAGGAACAUAGUUAGACGAGCAACAUCAGAGGGGAGCGACCCUGGCUACAGUGUGAGGCUGUCUGAGUCAAUGUGGUGGAGGUGCACAGCAGAGGCAGAUGACAGGGGAACGUGGGUCGCUCGCUUUUAUAUUUUGUAUGAUUUGGGGGGAAAAAACGGGGCUGAGAGACCGCUGGUUCGGUUAACUUCCUCCUCAGACUCUAAAAGCAAAACUACCCCCAGCUUCACAGUAGGUAAUGGUCCAAGCUACAUUUCAGGGGUUGGUGGCGGGUGCAGUGUGCAUAGGAACUUUCUCUUUUCUCUGAUACUUUCAGUUUAAAUGAGGGUUAAAGUGAAUGGUGAUUAAUUGCUGUAGAGUUUAAAAUACAGGAGGUGACGGAAGCAUAGCUGCAGGAAAUACUCAAUACUAAAACCAUAGCAAGCUAGGAAAUAAACAGGUAUUAAGCUUCAUGACUUUACUUUAUUAAACUUUUCAGAUGCAGGGUGCUGAGUAACAUACAUUGUGGACUGGAUAUACAACAUUCUGAACAGCCCACCUGCACACACAGGGACUGUCUUAGUACAGCAUACAUAACAUGUUUUAUCAGUCAGAUUAAACACAAGUCUGUGAAAAUGUUAGAUGUUAACAUUCAGACUGCCCAAUUUGGAGGAUAUCGAUAAGUGAACUUGACCCUUCACCAAUUCUCUGUUGUAGCCUUAAAACCAUAUCUAAAGACCCACAGCCAUGUUUUCUGUACAUCUGUCCACGGCAGUAUAUCCACACUGCUUAUCCUCUGAGUCGUGGGGGGAGCUCAAGCCAAUCCCAGUCAAUUUAGAGUCACUAAUUCACCUAACCCUAAUCUAAUCUACACAUUGGACUGUGUAAAAAAAAGCUUGGGUACCUGGAAGAAUCCCACGUAGACCCAGGGAGAAAACACGUAAACUGACCACAGAAAGAACCUGGUCGAGAUUCAAACAAAGAACCUUCUCGCCCCACAGCCACAGCUGUGAAGUCAUUUUGAGAGUGAUUUGGACCAGACACCAGCUGCCCCCGUUCUGCCAGGUGAUCGAGUUUGUGCAGUCAAAACGUCAGAGAAAGUCACAGAAAAAAGACUUGACGACGAUGAUGCCAAAUAGACUAAAGUCAAAUCUGAGGACAAAGGCAGAAAAAGAUGAGCCUGCUGCUACUACUAGAACAGCUUUUUCCAAGCAGAGGGACAAUGUUGCCAGCCGGGGCAGUGGACGGGACAUCUUCAGGUGUUUUGGUGAUUUCUUUUUUUUUCUUUGAAUCUGGAUUAGACCCAGAAACAAAAGAUAGAUGUAAAAAUUCCACAAUCAGCUGCACUUUAACUCUAUAUGAUGUCUACCCCGCCCCCAGCCAUGAUGAACCUCUUCUCUGUGAGGGGACUGAUAUGAUUCCUGUCCAUGUUGAUUCUGAUGCAGUUUACCUGCUGGGAUUUAACAGUAUAUUUGACAGAGGAGACCAGAAUGCAUCACAGAUGUGUUUUAUAAGGACAUGAUCUCUCGCCAAACCAUUAGAUGUAAAAUAUUAUUUUUAAAAAAUAUCAUGGAAUGGCACCAUCACUUCAUUUCUUUAUAAAUGUAUGAAAACCUUUUGUUUUGAAACUUUAUAGGGUUUUAAGUCAUGUUUACUCAUUAUCUGUCGAUAAUCAUUGAAAUGCAUUACUGUAUUUUAUUACAAAGACAGUUGCUGAAACAGGGAAUGCUGAUACAGGCAGUACUGAUUUUAAUGUCAACAUUAUCUCAUGUUUAGUAUGUUAAAGCUGACCACGGGAGAAUCAUGGCAUCUACCUUACUGACUGUAUGGCACUGUGAGUUUCUCCUGACAUGAUCCACAUUAUCAAGUACGACAUGUUGACUGAUUGUGAGCCGUCGUCAUUUUAGUCAUUUUUCAUACACUGUUCAACCAAACCUACAUUGUUUUUAUAUACUGUACUUAGACACUCCUUGAUGUCUAACUUCAUUCAUCCUUCUGUUUCUUUGAAGUUGAACUUUAUAGUAUGUACAUAUUGAGGACAGAAAUGUUAAUUUCCUUUACUAAUAUAUAGAAAGCUCUUUGUUACAUUUGGGGUCUUCUGUAUCUCUGUAGAACGCUUGCUACCUUGAUGCCAUUGUAAUUGAUUGUGUCGUCUAUUUUUGUAGAUGUUUUAAUAAAGUUAAUCUUUUCAAAUAAA